AUGUCUGAGGCUCGGUGUCCUAGCCUACGGUGUCUACACCGUGGCGCUGUGGAGCAGCCAAAUCACGGAACAAAUCCUGGUUCGCAGCUGCGCAGUGCUGCAUUUCACACUUCUGGUCGCGGUGCUCGUAGAUACCUUCAUGAUGCUCGACGACAUCUCCAACCGCAUCAGCACUCUCCAAUACGCGCACAUGAUCCUUUCGGUCGUCUUCGCUCCCUCGAAAUCAACGGCCUUCUGUUCGGUGUGCUGCUUCGCUUUGUGCACAUGGAAUCUGGCUCAACGCUCAAGCGAGACUUUUACGCCGGUCUGUUUGCUGCAGCAGUCCUUCCAAGCGGCCGCAGGAAUUGGCUUGCCUUUCAUCGUCGAUGCUGUACUUCGGGACUGGAUCGCGGUUUCCUUUCGUUCCAAGGACUCGGAUUCCCUCAUCCACGGCUUUCGCCGGAUGUUGAAAGGAAUAGCCGAUGGUGA